GCUGUUUACCAUCAGAAGUCGUAGAAGAAGUCGAGCAGUACCGCUAAACAUGGUGGCGUCCCUGUUGGGUUAGCGAAGUGAUUGAGCUUAUUCGGUAUGUUAAAACUACACCAAUAUUUAGACCAACACAGUGUUUACACUUAAUUAGGAUUGUCGAAGAAAUUCAAUCUGUGAAGAGGCAUGUAAUUGCGACAAAUCUGUCUUUCUAAGCUUAGAAUAACCAGUAGUUUUAACAGUAUCAUUAGCAUGUUGCUAACGCUAACUGAGAACAAGUGUCUGAACUAUAAAGCCUUUGCAUUAAUGUUUACUGUAUAUUACAUUUUAAAAGUCCCUUAUAAAAUUAAAGUCUUUGUCAAAUUAUGGAAAAGAGAUGAAUCUCAAUGUCUUUAUUAACUGCAGCUGUUUAUCACACAGGUUACAGAGUUUAGAAAGACUGUAAAGAUGAUGUUAUCCGCUUAAAGAAAGAAAUAAACAGCAUCAUGGAGGUCUCUGCAGAGGAGGGGGACUCUGAAGCCCCUCAUGCUAUCGAUAUGACCACCAGUGAGAAGGUGAGAUUCGCUGUCUUUAAUCUCUAAGUGCUUCAGAGUUUGUGGUGUGUGAGGUGUGUGUCUCUGCAGACUGUCCAAGGUGUCCAUGCUGACAUCUUGGACAAAAGUUAGGUCUCCAGUUAGGUCAGUAUGAUCAUGACCCAAUGAUGAAGACACCAGAAAUGACAUUUUUUAUGUAGAUAAAUACCUUUUUAAGCAAGAGUCUGUUUUCCAUUCCAGGUGGUUGAUCUUCUGAAUCAGGCUGCCCUGAUAUCCACAGAUGAGAAACUCACAGUGCUCAAACAGGUCAGUUUUCUUCUGUAUCAGCUUGAAAACAUCCUGAUGAAACAGUGAAGACUUGGAGAUUGUUACUGAUUCUUUACACUCUUUAGGUCCAGGAGCUCAUCAUCAACAAGGAUCCCUCCCUUCUUGACAACUUCUUGGAUGUGAGUAACUCAAGUUGUCUUCACUGACCAUCGUUUGUAACACACAAGCACACUGUCCGAUAGAUUCCCAACAACAUGGACAUAAAUGAAAACUUUCUAAUGUCUGUAUCCUAUUUGUUUUUUGGUUCUGUAGGAGAUGAUCGCCUUUCAGACUGACAAAUCUAUAGAAGUGAGAAAAUUCGUCAUUGGCUUCAUAGAGGAAGCAUGGUGAGUUAUUAACUAGCCCUCUAUUUCAUUGCCUCUAUAAGAAAAUAUUUUUGGUUUUACUCAGUCUUUUUCACUUUUUCUCUUUUUUAGUAAAAGAGACAGUGAGCUCCUCCUCAGACUGAUCGCUAAUCUGAACAUGUUGCUGAAGGACGAUAGUGUGAACGUGGUGAAGAAGGCUAUUCUCACACUCACCCAGCUCUACAAAGUCACUUUACAGGUGUGUGAAGGACUUUUCUGAUGAGGACUAUUUUUGUCAAAGAAGUAUAAAACAAAACCAAGCCACUGUCACAGUAUCUUUUUAUUCAUAACUCUUUCUUCCCUCUUUUUCCCAACCAGUGGUUAGUUCGCUCUAAAGCAGUGUCAGAGAGGCAGGAGGCAUGCUGGGAUCUGGUCACACAGAUGAAGGGGGAUGUUCUGGCUCUCUUGGACUCUGAAAAUGACGGCGUACGGACUCACGCCAUCAAAUUCACAGAAUCAUUGAUCAUCACUCUUUCACCGCGGACAUCAGACUCUGACGUCCCCAAGCGACAAGAGGGUGACAUCAGUCUGGACAAAGUUCCCAAAGAUCACUCAUACAUCCGCUACGGUACGGUUCCUAAAACCCUGUUGGAAGGUUCAGGUGUGUCGGUUCAGUACUUUUAAGUUUGUGAUUCACUGUUGCUCUUUGAUUGUGCAGAUGUUUUGUGUGAGGAGGGAAAGACUGCGCUGGAGAGGCUGCUGAAGUUUAUGGUGCACCCUGCCAUCACCAGCAUCAACCUCACCACAACGCUCGGCUCUCUGGCGACGAUCGCCCGUCAGCGGCCGAUGUUCAUGUCCGAAGUGGUGCAAGCGUAUGAGAUGCUACAUGGUGAGUGUUGCUGAGAUUGAUUGAUUAUACAGAGGAAUUGAAACAAGCACGAUUGUCCAUUUAUUUUUGUCUUUAUCUUUUGUAGCAAACCUGCCGCCCACCCUCGCCAAGUCUCAGGUCAGCAGCGUGCGAAAGAAUCUGAAGCUGCACUUGGUGGCGGUCCUGAAGCAUCCGUGCAGCUUGGAGUUCCAGGGUCAGAUCAGCACUCUGCUGCUUGAUCUGGGAAUGCCUCAGAGUGAAAUAACUCGGUCAACACCUGCACCACGUGAGCAGCGCAAAAGGCCUCGCCAUGAUCAGUACAAAGAGGGGAAAAAGGUGAAAAUGGGUGAGUAAGGACUGCACUUCCAGACACUUAAAUCAAGUUUUAAGUCUGUUUUUGUUGCACUAUUGUGUCAUGAUAAGUACUGAAUUUCGAAAACGUUCAUUGAGCUUCAAAUUCAAGCUUGAAGACAUAUAUUUUUAACUGUUUAAUCCUGGUGGAAAUCAUCCUGAAUGAAAGUUUCAGGGAAAUACACCUGAGAUUUAUCCCUGUUUACUAUCUAAAUAUGUUUCAUGUGUUCAGAGCCCGCCCUGAUUGAAGACGAUGAGGACAAAGAGGAGCCGGCCCCUCUCUCUGCCCCUAAACCAGCUGCUGUUCCUGUCGCUCAGUCUGCCAUCGACCUCACAGCUGAGUUCCUGCACCCGCUGCUAAACCCCGAGAACGUCGCCAACCUGGUGAGCAGCAGAGGGUUCAUUUUCUUCAUUUCUGUCAGACUGUUUGAGUCGGAUCAGCUCAUGUCUCUGUGAUUUUUCAUCUCAGGUGCUCAUCAGCAUGGUGUACCUGCCUGAUGUCAUGCCAGCGUCCUUCCAGGCCACAUACACACCUGUGGAGUCAGCAGGCACUGAUGCUCAAAUUAAACAUCUGGCUCGGCUGAUGGCUACACAGAUGACGGCAGCCGGGAUCGGUCCAGGUUAGUAACAAAGAGGCUAAAAGACAUCACGUCUACAUGUCACUUAGUAAAAUAGUCUUACAGCGAGUAAAUAAGGUGACGGAUGGGUCAUGAAGAAGAUCUGACUCCCUCAUUGCAGUAUAAAAUAAAACUUUUAGAGAAUUACUUCAUAAGUUUUUUUAAAUGCUGGACUGUUUAUCUAUUUAUCUGUAUCAAACCCGUGACCCAGGACUCGAGCAGUGCAAAGCCAGAGACGAUGAAGUCGGCAAAGAAGGAGGUGAAGACGACUCGGCCAGUAAAGACCUGCUCAUCAAGCGUAAAAACCCGGCUGUGAUGGUGGGACAGGCCAUCUCUGUGGUGGGAGGUUACCAGGAGAAGACCUCAACCCAGGAGACCCCUGCUUCAGUCAAGAGACUCCCCGAGCCCAUCCUCCCUACGACACAAACAAAGUGAGUCCUGGUGCUGAAGCAGAUGAAGAAACUGUUAACCUCUCAUAGAUAUCAGACGACUGAUGUUACACGAUUCUUUUACAGACUGACGGGAUCCAGCGGGAGGAAAAAAGUGUUUCGUCUGUCGGACGUCGUCCAGCCUUUAUCAGACACCCAGAUUGAGAAGUUGACGUCUCGAGCAGUGAAACGCAUCCUGCACUCAGAGAAAGCCAUCGCUCAAAGCGGCAUGUCUCAUGUAAGUUCUCACCUUCGACUGAACGACCCUGAGAUACUCCAGACGUUUGAAGUUGGAUAAUUUCUCAUUUGUAUUAUCAGCCUGUCUGCAGACAGUGUGCUAUUUGUAAUCCUUCACAAUCUCUCUGCCUCUACACCGCCCCGAUCGUCCAUUUACAUAAUUCACACAGCCAUCACACCAAAUCAACGCUUACCUGCUUGCCUGUGUUUGAAGAUAACAGUGAAUCUGUGCUGCAGGUCAGAGUGAAGCUCCUCUCCAGGCUCGUCACGCAGUUUGAAGGGAUGAUGAAAGAGGACGUGUUGGCGUUUAUUCUGGACGACAUCAGGACGAGGAGUGACCUGGCCUUCUCCCUCCUUUACCAAGAGUACAACACUUACCUCAGCCAGCUGCCGAACGGACUGCUGGACAGCUACGACCACUGCCUGUUCACGCUGCUGUCAGGCCUGCAGGAGAAACCAGAGCAGAGAGACGGGUGAGACGAAACAGUCCUCAGUGAUCUUUUGUUUCUUUUCAUCCUUGAAAUCGUGAUCUGAAAAUUGUGCAACAUCACAUUGUCCUGAUUUAUCGUUGAAUAUUGUGACUUACUGUGUUUUUUGAUAAAAGACUUUGCUGGAUCGCAGAAAAUAACAGUUUCUUUUAAAGUAAAUCAAACUUCGAAUAUCUUGUGUCCUCUAGACUUUUCACCAAACUGGUCCUGGAGGCUCCCAUCAUAACUGAAUCUGCAUUGGAAGUUAUACGUCGUUACUGCGAGGACGAGGUAAAGACGUAGUGAUGACAGAGUCUCUCUUUUUGGUGCCACUUCUCUUUCUCUCCUCUCACCGGUUUGUUAUGACCUUUGUUUCAGUCUCGGGUGUAUCUGGGCAUGACGACGCUGAAGGAGCUCAUCGUCAAACGGCCCUCGAGGCAGUUUCAGUAUCUUCACGUACUUCUAGAUCUGAGCUCACAUGAAAAAGAGAAGGUGAAAACAUCUUUUAAAAGUUCGUAACUCUAAUGUAACUCUAAUUUGUGUCGCUCUGUGGUUGUAAUGAUUCUCUGUGGUGGUUUUGGUUUCAGGUGAGGACCACAGCCUUGGCUUUUCUGAAGCGGAUGUACGAGAAGGACCAGCUCAGGGACUACAUCGAGAAGUUUGCUCUGAACUACAUGCAGCUUCUGGUCCACCCUAACCCUCCGUCUCUGCUCUUUGGGGCCGACAAAGACACAGGUGUGCAACAAGUUUUAGUCGUCGUAUCUAGACAGAAGCUUUCCUGAUGUUUCAGAUUUACCCGUCCUUCCUUUGACCUCAUGGUUUUGUGUGUUUUGUUGAAUCAGAGGUGGCCGCCCCCUGGACUGAAGAAACAGUGAGACAGUGUCUGUUCCUCUACCUGUCCCUGCUGCCUCUGAACCACCGGAUGGUCCAUGAACUGGCUUCAGUCUACACAGAGGCCAUCGCCGACAUCAAGCGCAGCGUGUUACGAGCGAUAGAGCAGCCUGUAAGUCUGUCCUUCCCCUGAUGCUUCCUGUUUCAAUUCUGUUGAUCAAAGACCCGUCAUGAGAAAAUGAACGAGGGCAAAGUCAUGUGGCUUCUGUUUGUCUGUGUGGUCAUGUGUUUCUAAUAUUGAGACCACAUGAGAGGAUCGUAAGACGGAGAAAAACAAACUAGAUGUGCAAUCGUGAUAAAAAUAACUUGUAAUGCAUCUUUUAAAACCAGAGUUUCUAGUCGACCCACAGAGAGCCAUUAAAUAUAAACAGCUGAUUAAAAGUGAGACACUUAAUCGUACUCUGAACCUUCUACCAAGAAUAAUAACUGUUUUAGUCAAACCACACUGCACACAACUUCUCCUAGAUUAAACAAUGCUACUGUUUAAUUGUGCAGCUUGACCAUUCCCUUUUCAUUCCCUCGUUUCUGUAGAUCCGUGGGAUGGGGAUGAACUCCCCCGAGCUGCUGCUGUUGGUUGAAAACUGUCCUAAAGGAGCGGAGACGUUAGUUACUCGCUGUCUGCACAUUUUGACAGAUAAAGGUGAGCUUGAAGUUUUAUCUGCGCAGAAGGAUUCAGGUGAGUUAGCUCAAAGAGUGACAGAAAUCACUAACCUGAGUCUUACUUCCUCUGUUCAGUGCCUCCGUCCCCUGAGCUGGUGGAAAGAGUGAGAGACCUCUACCACAAACGAGUGCCAGACGUUCGUUUCCUGAUUCCAGUCAUCAACGGCCUCGAAAAGGUAACGAAUGUCCUAACGAGUGUUUAUCAAAGUGUAAUCCAUCGAUGUGGGUCAAAUCUGACAGCGUGUCUUUGAUUCAUGAGUUUGUCGAUAAGCUGAUAUCAACCAGCGCCUCAAAGAAAUCUGAUUUGAACUCCUCACUGGAUAUUUCUUCACAGAACGAAGUCAUCCAGGCUCUGCCCAAGCUGAUCAAGCUCAACCCGAUCGUCGUGAAGGAGGUUUUCAAUCGUCUGUUAGGAACUCAGCACAGUAAGAGUCUCAAAUGUUUUACGCUCAUGCAUGUCAAACCACUGUCAUCCUGGUUUUUACAUAUUUUCUCCAGUUAUUCUCUCUGUCCUGUGUGGGAAGUUUUUCCAGGUGAUGUAUUUCCUUUAUUUCAGGUGAGGGCAGUUCAUCUGUGUCCCCUCUUACGCCUGGAGACCUUCUGAUCGCCUUACACAAUAUCGACUCAACCAAAUGUGACAUGAAAUCCAUCAUUAAAGGUCAGUGAAAUCAAGAGAAAUUAUCUCGUUUUAAACUGCAAUAACAUUUAUUAAUGAACUGGGUGUUUUCACAGCUACUAACCUGUGCUUUGGGGAGAAGAACGUGUACACCUCCGAGGUUUUGGCGGUGGUGAUGCAGCAGCUGAUGGAGCAGAGUCCCCUCCCCAUGCUGCUCAUGCGUACUGUCAUCCAGUCCCUCACUAUGUACCCUCGACUGGGGGGCUUCGUCAUGAACAUCCUGUCCCGCCUCAUCGUCAAACAGGUUAGGACCAAACUCCAGUCAGAUAAUCACAGAUUUUUCUCAAAGCCUAUCAUGGAUACAACUCAAGGCAAUAAUUUGAACUUUUUCAGACAAAUUCCAGACUUUUAAGAACAGAAAAACUCAGUCCUAGUACCGUACCUGUCAACUGACAAACAUCAGUCACCAUGUUUCAUCUAACUGUGGUUGCUGUCCCUCCUGUCAGGUGUGGAAGUAUCCAAAGGUGUGGGAGGGAUUUGUAAAGUGCUGCCAGAGGACGAAGCCGCAGUCGUUCAGCGUUCUCCUGCAGCUGCCUCCCACACAGCUGACCAGCGUGUUCGAACGCUGCCCGGAGAUGAGAGAGCCUCUUCUUCAGCAUGUCCACUCCUUCACACCCCAUCAGGUCUGAGUUAUGCCGAAGUCCACUGAGCGUCACGCCUGUUUUAGGAUUUUCUUAUGCACUGACUGUUUUUAUUUUUCUGCCACAGCAAACUCACAUUCCUGCCUCCAUCAUGUCGGUCCUGGAAGCAAAUAAAAAACCAGAGCCGAAGCCUGUAGAGCCGGUGAUAGAGAAAGAGGUAACUGAUAAAGGAGUAUGACUGCACAGGCCUUUCUCUUUCUUAUACAUCCUUAAUUCUAAAUAACUGAAAGUCUUGCCUUAAACUUCCUGAUGUGAUAGAAGACUUUCUCGCUGACUUAUCUCCCUUUCUUUAAUCGUACAGAUCGAACCAGCUCCAGAAACUGUUGAGGAAGAAGCUCCCGUUGCAGCACUUAAAGGGCCGGAUACGCCAGAACAGCAAGAGCAUGCACAUGUAACUGAGGAGGAGGAGGAGGAGGAACCGAUGGAGCAACAAGAGUCCGAUCCAGCGACUCAGGAUGAAGCUGCCGACACUGUUUCAGAGGUAACAUCAGUGUAUCUUCACACUGAUACUAAACUAGAUCAUUUACUGAAUAAAGUAGGCACUGGUUAGUCAUGCAUGAUGUGAAGGACUGGCACAACAAAUUUAUUUGCGAUCUCUUCUUCUACUCAGGAGGAACCGUCAAGAGCAGAGAAGACACCAUCACCCCAACCAGAGCCGACUGAGGAACCAAUGGAGACGUCUCAGCCUGAACCCUCAGACCUCCAAGAGCCUGAGAGAGACGCUGAAGCUGAAACUACCGGACCUGAGGCUGAGAGCGGGAGCGAAGAUGCAGAAUAAUGGCUUCAAAUUAAACUGACAUUUCUUUCUUUUCUGAAAAAAAAAAAAAACCUUUAUUUUCCAGGAUUUCUUUCCAAGAACUGUCUCUCUCUUCUUUUUUGUAUUUGUAGAAAACAGUAGCUGUGUAUGGAAACAAACCCAUGACGUUUACGUCAGGAUAUGUUGACAAAUAAAUAAUGAAAACACUGA